CCACCCCAAAAAAAAAUGGCUUUCCCUCCACACACAAAACACCCCAAACCCUUUGCACAGCCGUCUCCAUAAUUCACGUGACACCCACCAACCAACUCCACAGCGUAACCCUAAACGGCCAAGCGGCGCACAAAAAGUCACGUACAUCGUUUCCCAGUCCAUGCCCAUAAAGGGACCGGCGCUUCCUCCAUUCGAACGAAACUUGUCCUCUUUCAUCGCUCACAUAUACCCCAAACGAUAAUAACGAUAACGAAGAGAGACACAAUUCGCACACACACCGUACCAACCGCAUAUACCAGCUACCCGAUAUCCCGGGCCCUCAAUAAUUAUACACGCCACCAUUCCCGAUUGUCGCAAGCAGAGAAGGCAGAGCAGGCAGACAAGACAAGGCAAAGCCCACAAGAAAAGAGCGGUCCAAGUGUUGCCCCUAUACAGAGUCCCGAGGCUUUACCCAGUUGAGCGGGGUUUAGUUACCGUACGUACGGCAUUUCUUGUGUGUAUAUUUCUGGUCGGGAGUCUCGAUUACAUUACUUUCUCAGCCUCGCAUUGCAUUGCUUCGAUCUGUCGUUGUUCGUCGGCUCACCACUUCCGGCUCUGUUUGAUGUUUUUUGAAGAGGGGAGUGAGUAGCUGAAACAGCGUCGCGAACGCUUUGGUCCCCUGUCCUGUCCCUGUUCUAAGGGCGGUGCGAUCGUCGCUGCACUCAAAGUGAUGCAGUCGGUAGAAAGUCCAGCUACCACGACGCUCGCGAUUGAGGCAAGCAAGACACAGAACUGUUCAGUUUUAAUCCUGCCGGAUGCGCUGUCGUGGCGAUAUGCUCAACUCGUUCUGGGUCCAGACGUCAUGAAUUCGGCCUGGCUGGCUGGGCUGGAUACCCAUCCUAUCUGCUUCCGGUCGCAGGACAAGUACGACGGCCAAGUACGGUACGGUGAGGCUACUCAACCUGCGAGCGCAGUGGGGGGUGCAGUGGGGGUGCAGCGGGCUAGUACGCGUUGGUACUCGCUGGACCCUUGGAUGGCUCUCCAGCGUGCCGUAGCUAAGUGCGUUCGUCGAGGUUCGUCGAGGGGCGGCGGGGGCGGCGGCGUUGGCAAGGCAAAACCAGCGAAACCAGCGAGGGAGGCUGGGUGUUGGGCUAUCACAUGGGAAGUGCGCUGGGGGUGUGUGUGGGUGGCCGUAUUGACGGGCUGGGGGUGUGGUCCUGGCCGUAUUGACGGGCUGAGGAUGGGUGGACCACACCGCCAGCCCGUCAAUACGGCCACCCCCCGCCCCCGAAUCCUCUACAAACCAUCCCUCAUACACUCUUCCGCGCCCCGAAAGCAGCUUGCCACCUUCCCCUUCCAAUAUCUGCGUCGUUAA